CAAUCUCAAGUCCUUGCAUCUGGCGCGUUCCUGACAUUACUGGAUCUUUUUCUUCCCCUGAUCAGUAGUCCUGCCACUUAUCUUUUAAUAUCAAUGUCUUAAAACAUGUUGCUUAUUAAUAUCAAAAUAAAAAGAAAAUAUGCAAAAUGGAAGGUAACACACAACAGCAGGAUGGAGAUAAACACAGUACUUCACCAGAGCUUCCAGAUAUAAAAAAAGUUCAAAUAGAAGAUGUUGAAGAUGAAGAGAAUAAGACAUCUAGUACCUGUGAAAAUAAAAAUUUAAAUACGACCUGUGAAAAUAAAAAUGUAAAUACGACCUGUGAAAAUAAAAAUGUGAAUGCAAAGAAAACAAAGAAAGAUUAUGAAAAUUACAGUGGAAAGAAAAAUACUGAUGAAACAGAGGUUGAGGAGAUUUUAACUGAAGAUGUUAAAAAGCAAAAACACGAAGAUGCUUUGGAAUUUAAAGAAAAUGGAAAUAAACUUUUUAUGGAAGCAAAUUUUGAAAAAGCAAUCACUCUCUACUCGAAAGGUGUUGAUAUGUGCCCUAAAUCAUAUGCAAAAACCUUAGCAAUUCUUUAUUCAAAUAGAGCUGCUUCCUAUGUAAAAUUGGAACAAAAGGAAAUGGCAAUACAAGAUUGCACAUUAGCAUUGGAGCACGAUUCAUACUACACAAAAGCGAGAUUACGUCGUGCACAAAUGUUUGAAGCUGUUGACAGAUUGGAGGAUGCUUUGCAAGAUUAUAAGGAAAUAUUAACAUACGACAAAUCCUGUCAACAAGCAGGUGAAGCAGCAUUGCGUCUUCCGGAACAAAUAAACGAAAGAAACGAGAAACUUAAAGCAGAAAUGUUUAGUAAACUGAAAGAGCUUGGGAACAUGUGCUUGAAUCCGUUUGGAUUGUCAACAGAUAACUUCAAAAUGACGCAGGAUCCCAAUACUGGUGGAUACUCCAUAAACUUUCAAAAGUGACCCAUAUCGACAGACCAAGUAUCAUUGUGAGCACAGCACGGAAGCAAUAAAAAGAAGAUGGAACAGUACUUUAAGCUAUAUAGGGAAAUAAAGAAACUCUGGAUGAGCUUUAUGUUGUAUAUUAUUUUAAUGAAUCUAAAGAAAUUUUAAUGUAAUCCAUGCAGCUAAAAAAGUUAAUUUUUUUC